AUGGUGGGUCAAACGGCGAUCAAACAUUGCCUUCCUCAUCGUCGCCUUCAGCGCGGGUGGGAGAAUCGUCUUCUCCCUACCUGCUCUUCUCCCGUGCAUGUUCCCCCGGAUCCUCGCCAAUCCCCCCCCUUAACCCCCUUUGUCAUUUCUCCCCCCUCCAUCCCCCCUCAUGCUACAUGUCACCCUCUCACAGGCUACGGAGAGUUGCUGAAAUCGCAUGCCAAUGUUCCCUCAUCCCCGCAUUCCCCCCAUCCCCCCAUCCCACAUUCCCUCCAUCCUUCCACCCCCCAUUCCCAUCUUCCCCUCCCCUCCCCGCCAGCCCUCUUCCGUCACAGUGAACCUGCAGUGGCCCUCGCCACAUGCGCCUGGCAAGUAACGCUGCUGGACGGCGGCGUGUUCGGCCCCUCACUGCCCCACCUGCUCGCCCUGCACAUCGCCGGCCGGCCCCUGCUCACUGGACUGGACCUAGAGACUUCCAGCCGCCCCCUGCUUGCCCUCUUCCUCAACCCAUGCGCGCAUGCUGCCGCUGCAUGCAUGCUCUGCAUGUCCGUGGGCUUCCUCGUGCCUGCUGACGUGGCGGACAGAGUGGGGGUGGCUACCGGGUCUGACAGUCAGGUGCGUGGUGUACAGAGUUGGGUGGGAAGGGAGGGGAGCAAAUGGGAGGGGUGGAAUGGGACGGGAGAGUUGGACGGUGAUGGGAUACGGGAUGGGAAUGGAUGGGAUGGGAAUGGAUGGGAUGGGAAUGGAUGGGAUGGGAAUGGAUGGGAUGUGAACGGAUGGGAUUGGAUGGGAUGGGAUGGGAUGGGAUGGGAAUGGAUGGGAUGGGAUGGGAUGGGAUGGGAUGGGAUGGGAUGGGAUGGGAUGGGAUGGGAUGGGAUGGGAUGGGAAUGGAUUGGAUGGGAAUGGAUGGGAUUGGAUGGGAUGGGAUGGGAUGGUAUGGGAUGGGAUGGGAUGGGAUGGGAUGGGAUGGGAUGGGAUGGGAUGGGAUGGGAUGGGAUGGGAUGGGAUGGGAUGGGAUGGGAUGAUAUGGGAUGGUAUGGGAUGGGAUGGGAUGGGAUGAUAUCGUAUGGGAUGGGAUGGGAUGGGAUGAUAUCGUAUGGGAUGGGAUGGGAUGAUAUCGGAUGGUCUCCCGACUGCCAAUUUCAUCCUCCCUUGCAUUUCCCUUCCCCUGGCUUGCAGGCUUGCCCCUCCCCGUCCCUCCCAAGGACCCUCUUGCCUUGCCCCUCCCGGUCCCCCCAAGGAUCCCCUUGUUUUGCCGUAGCAUCCCCUCCCUUGCCUUGCCGUGCUCGCCCCUCGCUGCUUAAAUCUGGGAGCGUGCAAGGCACUGGACUAGCCUCCCCCACCGUGCUCGAGCCCUUUCUUCCCCUCGCCCCCUUUCUUUUCCCUUGCCCACUCUCCUUCCUGCCACCCUCUCUCUCUCUACGUUUCCUCUGCCUACUCUCCUCCCCUCCUCCCCGCCUUCUCCCUCCUCCCCACUCUCCCCCCCCCCCCCCCCCCCCCCCCCCCGGUCUCCUUCCCCUCGCCCCCUCUUCUUAUCCCCGCCCUUCUCCUCCCCCCUUGGCCACUUUCCUCUCCCCCGCCCCCUUUCUGUUGGAGGCUGCCAGGAAGUCAUCGUGGAGUGUGGCGCUGUUCGGUGCUCCCAGUGACGGCCGGACCAGCAAAGUUGCUGGCGGAGAGGGUUGCUUGGGGAGAGGGUUGCUGGGGGAGAGGGUUGCUGGGGGCGAGGGUUGCUGGGGGAGAGGGUUGCUGGGGGAGAGGGUUGCUGGGGGAGAGGGUUGCUGGGGGCGAGGGUUGCUGGGGGCGAGGGUUGCUGGGGGAGAGGGUUGCUGGGGGAGAGGGUUGCUGGGGGAGAGGGUUGCUGGGGGAGAGGGUUGCUGGGGGCGAGGGUUGCUGGGGGAGAGGGUUGCUGGGGGAGAGGGUUGCUGGGGGAGAGGGUUGCUGGGGGAGCGAGUUCGAUCUGGGUCUGGAGGUGAACAACUUCCUGCACUGCACCUGCCAGCCGUGCAGAUCCACGCCAGCGUGGCAGCCUCGCUGGCAGAGAAGAAGCAGAAGCGUGUGCUGUUUGAGGGGCUCAUGGAUCGGAUCAAGCACAUGCUGCCACCCGCUGACAUGGAUGAGGUGAUUGGAGCAACAGCGAUGGUCUACACCCACGCUGCUGUCAAGCUGUCAGAUCUCUCCCUGACCUUUACCAGGCAGCAAGACAUGUCCCGAUCUGUGAAGCUGCCCAAGGAGAAAAUCACCGACUCAUCCACAUGCUGUGUGCGAGGAUGCGUGCCUGCGUACCGCAUGGUACAAGCCGGUGCUGAAACGUCUCAAAACAUCCCUGCCCUUCCCAUCUAUGACCCCCAUCUGCUUGGUGUGCUGCAGGUGUGUGUGAGGACUGCAUGCGCAGCACCAUGCGACCGCAUGCCAGCUUGCGCAGACCGCAUGGGGCUGCGCAAGCUGGCGCGAGUGGCCGCGGCUACAGAUGAGCAAUGGGAAUUGCAGGGAUGA